UUGAUUGACUAACUGUGAGUCGGGUCCAGCCCUUAUAUGGAGAGUGCUCAGUGUAUAUUAGAGCUGGUCUUUCUGAUGAUUCCACAGCUGAGAGGGAGGAAGAGAGGAAGACACUCAUCCAGCAGGCACUCAUCAUCAUCAUCAUCCUCAUCAUCAUCAUCAACAUCAACAUGUCCAUCAUGAAGUUUCUGGCUGUGUCUCUGCUUGUUUGUGCUCUGAUGGUUCAGAGUGAGGCUGAUCCUCUCCCAGAGCCAGAGGCGGAGCCUGAAGGUGAGAUCGCAUUUGAAGCUCAAGAGGAUGAUCUGGAGCUGAUCAAGAGGACUCUGACUUGCCCCAGUGGUUGGAAUCUCUUGGGUGAGAGCUGUUACUACUACUACAGCACAUACAAGACUUGGGCUCAGGCUGAGAGAAUCUGCCAGGGCUACGGGGGAAACCUCGCCUCUGUGCACAGCAACGCCGAAUAUCACAACCUUCAAUGGCUGGUGGUGACUAUGACUUAUAAACAUGGACCAGCAUGGAUCGGAGGCCAUGAUGCAGAGGAGGAGGGUACUUGGCUGUGGAGCGAUGGCUCGCUUUUCAACUACAGGUACUAUGGAACAAUGGAUAACGCUGGAAGCAAGCAGCACUGCUUGCAGAUGAAUUUUGGAGAAAACAAGUACUGGGAUGACAUCGAGUGUUCCACUCGUCUUCCAAGUAUCUGCAUCACAAAGUCUAUAAAGUCCGCCUGAAGUCCCCGAGGAAAACAGCGACACACCUGUCUCAUGAAUCUUUCUCUAUAUCUACAUCUUCUCUCUCUUUUCUAUCGCUGUAACGCAUCUUAAGGAAUGAAGCGACAAGUGACACAAACAGGAGCUGGAGUGUCUGUGAGGUGAAGUGUUCAGGAAAGAUUGCUUUUAGCUCAACCUUAUUCUGUAAGGUCAACUCUUUCUUCUCUUCUUGUUCAACAAUAAAAACUGCAAGCAUCAAAA